GUCAGCUUAAUCGGUAAGCACUCUUUGCCCGUGAGAGUAGUCCGAGGGGUGGAUCUACUAACACACACUAAUGCUGUCUUCUGGUGGUGCCAAUUAAGCGAAAUGUCACUCGCUCCCAUGUGUGCCAGGGGGCCGCCCCUGAUGCUAUAAAACGUGUUGUGUUGGGUUGUUUUUAUUACCAAUCCAUUCAGUCGGCACUUGCCAACAUACCCUUAAUUGUAAGUUGAUUUCAACUAAUGCUAAAUUAUUAAGUACCGGUAUUUCAUUUGAUUUUUUACAAUAUGAAACCUUAAAACACUUCUUUUAUUUUUAAAAAAAUAUUUAUUUAUUGAUAUGUUUAAGGCAAUUUUACUCAAUAAUAUUUUAUAGUGUUAAUUAUAAGAACCCAAAUAACUGGUCAUAAAAAAUAGAGUCCAUUCAUUUCAUACCAUCAUACUAUCAGAUAAAAUCAUUUAACAAAAACUGUGUUAUAUAUUAGACUGAUAUGUAAGAGCGUUUAACGUGUGUAAUAUGACUCGGUUAGUGAGAAAUGGUGAUACUCCUAUAAUGUAAGAAUUACUGUAUUCACUCUUGGCAUUUUGGUUGUUUUUCGUUUUUGUCACGACUGUCCAAAUUAAAAGUUGUUGUUUUAAUGAAAAGUCAUGCAAUGCCUGUAUUAGGCCAAUUAGUAUUCUUUUAUUUUUAUAAAUUAAAAAGUGCGUACAUACAUAAAUUGAAGGUUGAAAGUCUUUUAAUUGAAAACAUCAUCAUCAUCAUCAGUGGCUACUGCAGCCCAUGUAGGGCCCUGGCCUGCUCCACCACAUCCUUUCAUUCGGAUCCAUCGAUGGCCUUCCGCCUCCAUGCACUGACCCCAAGCUGAUGUCAAGUCCUUCUCUACAUCAUCAAUUCAUCUCAGGCUUGGUCAACCAAUGAGCCGUCUGCCCCUGGGGUUUUUGCCUGUAGAUUACUUUUGCUGCUCUACAAUACGGCAUCAUCUCAGUGUGUACUGUCCAGCUCAGUCUGACUUUUUUUUUUUACUUUUGGUGGGUCUUCGUACAAUUGUUAUAUCUCUUGGUUUGUAGGAUUUUUUCAUCCAUCAUUAUCUAUCACUUAACCGUAUAUUUUUCUGAGGAUUUUCCUCUCUCGUGUGUUGAGCAGUUUGCCUGCUUUUCUCAUACGGGACCAAGUUUCACUCGUCUAAAUUUACAACUGUUUUAAUGAUAGUUGGGUAUAUGGCUUUUUUUUUUUUUUUUUUUUUUUUUUUUUGGGUUUUUCUUUCUUUUGUGUUUGGGUGUUUUUCUUUUUUUUUUUUUAGGGGCCAAUGUUUUUUUCUUUUAAUUUUUUUUUUUUUUUUUUUUUUUUUGGUUUUUGGGUUUUUUUUUUUUUUUUUUUUUUUUUUUUUUUUUUUUGUUUUUUUGUGUUUUUUUUUUUUUUUUUUUUUUUUUUUUUUUUUUUUUUUUUUUUGGGGGGGGUGUGGGGGUCUUCAAGAGAGGCUAUUGCUUCAUUGUAGUUUUUGUAGGCUGACAUAAUAACGGUUGCCUGCUGUCAACUUUUCUUUCACCUCUGUCAUUAUUUCUAUCUGCUCAUUUGCCGCGGCUUUUGGAUAUUUGAAAUUAGCCACUCUCUAAAAGAUUUUUCACUUAUGGUUGAUUAUUUUGAUAUUGAAACCAGUAUGUUUGUUAGGUAACAGUUUUAAAUACUUUGUAUUUUCUUAUUUACCUCAAGACCAGCUUUAACUGGGCGCAUCUCCAAGUCUAUUGAAUGCUUUAAUUAUGUCAUUGCUGUUUCUGCUGAGUAACGUUAUGCUGUCCGCAAAUGGCAGAUACUGAGAGUGUUGGCUGUAUGGUUCCCGGUGGUUGUGCUUCUGAAUACUCAUUAAAUCAAGAACAAAAGUACAUGAAUAUCUGCUCAUUACUUUAGCAUGUGCUACAUCUUUAAGUAUAGAUGUGAAACAAAGUUUGGGAAAGCAUGAAAAAAAAACAAUUACCUAUUUCCUCUGUAAACGUGUUAAAAUAGUGCCAUUCAGCAGUGCUGUCUUACUGCAUUGAUUGCCACACUACACAGUUGCCCAGGGUCUGAUGGUGCUCGAGGAAUAAAGUUAACCAUAUUAUUAAUGAAUAUUGAAAGAUCUUUAAGCAGUUUAAUUUGCUUUAAAAGUACAGUGGGAAGCAGAUCUUUGCGAACACUUUCUCAAUUAUCAUUUUUUUUUUUUUUUUUUUUUUUUUUUUUUUAAAUUUUUUCCUUUUUUUUAAAGUUUUUUUUUUUUUUUUUUUUUUUUUUUUUUUUUUUUUUUUUUUUGUAAAUCAGUUCCAUUUUUUUAAAGGCUUUUUUUAAACUCAUCAAUUUAAAACAUAAAAUGUUGCCAUGCCCCCCUUCCCAAUCGCCUGAAAACCCCAACUCCACCUCCCGAUGAAAAUUGAAUAAAAGAAAAGGCAAUAACGCAUGGGUCCAAACCUCGCCCAAAAUACUUCUCCAAACAUUACCCGGGAAAGGUUUUAGGUGCACUCAGAACAUUAGUUUGCACCAGGCCCCAGAUAUUAAACAGCACAAUUGUUUAAUAUUAAUUUAGACAUGAAACAGAUCUCUCCGCUUUGUUUGAAAAGUAAGUUUCAUUUCGAUUCUUCCAUUUCGGACCUCUAAGGCUUUUUUUUAUGAUCUAACAGCCUUUUAGCACUUAAGAAAAACAAUGGUCACGAUCUUGUAUUCUCCAGAUGACCAAUAUGAAGUUCGUGGCUAUCUCCCUCGUUGUGUGUAUCUGCCUGGCACUUUCAGACAGUUGUCUCUACAAGGGUCGUCGCUAUAGGGUAAGUUGUGCUCACAUCACCUUGUCUUAGCUAUCUUAACGAACUAAUACAAUGAGGAUGCAGCCAACCAAUACAAUUACAGCGUACACAAGUCUGUUACAGCAGUCUCCUUUUGAUGCAUGAUUCAUGUUAUUUGUAGGAUUGCGUUUCUAAUGUAUUCUUUCAUACUUGUAGACAUUGCUUGGACAUUUUUAAAAGUCCUUUCAGUUUUUAGUUGAUGAAGCUGCAAUUAAAAGACGCCUUUUACUGUAGGGACUUUUUUUUUCUUUCAAUUUCAGCCUGGUCAGAAGUAUGAGAUUGACGCCUGCACUAAGUGCGAAUGUGACUCCAACAACCGACCCAGAUGUGUGGCUGUCAUGUGUGCCUGGCCCCGGUGUGAGAAAGAGGUCAGGCCCAUUGUUAGACCAGGGGACUGCUGCCCCUCUUGUCCGGACGUGUAAAGGUUGGCUCCUUGGUCAUAGUUUAGGAUAUAUUGGUUGGGUUUAGAUACGAACAUUGCAUCUUUGUGUAUCUGAAACUAGAGAUUUUUAUUAUCAGAGCACUUUCAUUUGAAAUUUUAGAUGUAUAUAUAUAUAUAUAUAUAUAUAAUAAUAAUAAUAAUAAUAAAAAUAAUAAUAAAGUUUAUUUGAAAAACCGCUUCAUCCCCAAAAGCUCGAAGCGCGGUACAAAGACAAACAUAUUAAAAAGAGAAAUAAAAAACAAUCUAAAAUUUACCACAUUUAAAAAACAGACGGAACAAUAUAAAACUACAUACGAGCAUACCCAGUCAAAGUCUUUCAUCCCGUUUCAACCAUUAGCAACACAAGCCAAUAUACAUUUAACUGAAAAAAGAUGGUAGAUAGCAUCACCCCAGAAGGUGUUUGCGAAAUAAAUGUGUUUUUAAAUUGGUUUUAAAGGACUCAAGUGUCUGGCUGUUUCUGUGGUGACGAAUUUAAAUUUACUGUCUAUCAUAAAAUAAAUUCAAACACACUGCAAGUAAGCUGUAUUGUAAAUGUAGUUAAGCUGCAUUGCAAAUGUAAGUAUGCUUUAUUACAAAUGUAGUAACGACCUCAGAGAAAUUGAGCAUAAACAUUUAGGAGGAAACCAGUUUCUUGAGUUGAAGAAAUUAUAGACAGCCACAAAGACUGACACUCGCAUUGACAACGGGUAGUUUCUGUCUUAGAUUUGUCUACAUUACCCAUCACUUUAUAAGUUACAUUACCCAUCACUUUAUAAGUUACAUUACCAAUCACUUUAUAAGUUACAUUACCAAUCACUUUAUUAAUUACAUUACCAAUCACUUUAUAAGUUACAUUACCAAUCACUUUAUAAGUUACAUUACCAAUCACUUUAUAAGUUACAUUACCAAUCACUUUAUAAGUUACAUUACCAAUCAAUUUAUUAAUUACAUUACCAAUCACUUUAUAAGUUACAUUACCAAUCACUUUAUUAAUUACAUUACCAAUCACUUUAUAAGUUACAUUACCAAUCACUUUAUUAGUUACAUUACAAAUCACUUUAUUAGUUACAUUACCCAUCACUUUAUUAGUUACAUUACCAAUCACUUUAUUAGUUACAUUACCAAUCACUUUAUUAGUUACAUUACCCAUCACUUUAUUAGAUACUAUAACCAUCACUUUAUUAGUUACAUUACCCAUCACUUUAUUAGUUACAUUACCAAUCACUUUAUUAGUAGGCUACGAAUGCUGUUAAAGUACAAUAAUUACAAUGAUUCAUUUAUAUACAUGAAUAUGUUUAUUUUCAGAUAGUGCCUACAGGGGAGUGAAAUCUUUACAGAAUUGAUGAUAUACUCAUUGAACUUUGUUUUAUUAUGCUAAUUUAUAAUGGAAUCUGCAUUGUUAAAUUUUAAAAUAAUGUUUACAUAAAAAGAUGACGAAUAAAUUUCUCAAUUCAUUAUUUAUUUUAUUUUAUUUAGAUUACUUUUAUUUGUAUGUAUUUGUAUUUAUAUGGUAAACAUUGAGAAGAAAAUAUAUCAAUACUUUUGACUUAAUUUAGAGAGAAUAUUUUUUCCCCAUUUCAAAUGACCUUUGUGGUUAAAUUUUUAAACAUUUCUUUUUUUUUUCUAUUUAGAUCUAUAUUUUUUCUAAGUCUUGACUAAAACUUGCAUUGCUCAUGAAGUAAACAUGAUUUUU